AGCUAUAAAAGUGACGUGUCCUUAGCCCAUAGUUUACGUCUGUUUUAGGGAUAAUGUGUGAUGUUUUUCUGUAACCUUUUGUGUUAUUAGCAGAAGGGCACGCUGAAGAGUGAAAUACGGAUGUGAGAAAAUUACUACAAUGCGUUAUUUAAAGUAAAUUCGCGGGGAACCCCUUCCUUCGCUGCCUGUGCAUUUCAGCCAAGGGGAUUUCCCACCAUUCCCACAAUGCAACAGUUUGUGUAUGGUUGUUAGGCAACCACAGGUGCUUUCACUGAGAGCGGAAUGGUCGGUGAUACGAACAUAAUUUAAACUGCAAGAUGGAGAGAAAACCAGGACAUUUACCCGUGGAUGUCCGGCUAGCGGUGGAUUCGUUGGUUUGGGUGAAGAUCGUCGGAAUAGGCAGCACUGCUGUUGGCAAGACAUGUCUAAUUAAACACUUCUGUGAAAGCAAGUUCAACACCGGGUACCAGCCGACUGUUGGAGUAGACUAUGGAUUUAAGAUUCACGAAGUGGAAGGAACCGAUCUCCGAGUCCACCUGUGGGAUCUGUCUGGCAGUACGGAGUACAUGGACGUACGGAACGAGCUCUACGGAGGAACAGAUGCCAUGUUCUUGGCCUAUGACGUAACAAAUGCGGCAUCGUUCGAAACGCUGGACUCGUGGAUACGAGAAGUUAAAAAAUAUUCAUCGGGAACGCCUGAAAUCGUCAUCGUAGCUAACAAGACAGAUUUGAAGCAGAAGCGUUGUGUGUCGACAGCCGAAGGCAAAAAGUGGGCUUCCCAGAACAAGAUGAGGUACUACGAGACCUCGGCAGCGACGGGAGAGGGCGUGGUUCAGCUGUUCGGUGAUCUGUUGAAAGGCGUCUACAACCGGAGGGAAGGGGGUAAGCCGAACUCCACGUGGUCACAAAAAUGGGAUGCCCAAAGACUGUCUGACCUAUGUAGCCCCCUCCCGGACAAUGAAAGGGGAAACUCGGCCCGGGUGUGACCACUGGUCACUCAAGACAAGAGUCCGACAUGAUCUGAUCCGUACAAGAACCAUUGGUUGAGGAUGGUGUUUUUUCAGGGAUGAGAAGAUUCACUGAUGUAGCUGUCAUUGGACGUUGUUGUCACGGAUGACCUUUCACGUGGAUAGAAACACUGAUUGGUCACUUGUGGACUGGGGAAAAUCAUUGAUCGCUGAUCAGAUGGCUAGCCGCUAGACAACUGAUUGGAUGGAAUCAUUGAUCGACAACUGAUCAGAUGGACGGGAUAACCGCUAGACAACUGAUUGGAUGGAAUCAUUGAUCGACAGCUGAUCAGAUGGACGGGAUAACUGCUAGACAACUGAUUGGAUGGAAUCAUUGAUCGACAGCUGAUCAGAUGGACGGGAUAGCCGCUAGACAACUGAUUGGAUGGAAUCAUUGAUCGACAACUGAUCAGAUGGACGAGAUAGCCGCUAGACAACUGAUUGGAUGGAAUCAUUGAUCGACAACUGAUCAGAUGGACGGGAUAGCCGCUAGAAAACUGAUUGGAUGGAAUCAUUGAUCGACAGCUGAUCAGAUGGACGGGAUAACCGCUAGACAACUGAUUGGAUGGAAUCAUUGAUCGACAGCUGAUCAGAUGGACGGGAUAGCCGCUAGACAACUGAUUGGAUGGAAUCAUUGAUCGACAACUGAUCAGAUGGACGGGAUAGCCGCUAGAGUGAGUGAGUGGAAUCAUUGAUCGACAGCUGAUCAGAGAGAUGGGAUAGCCGCUAGAAAACUGAUGGGAUGGAAUCAUUGAUCGACAGAUGGAUGGAACCAUCAACAGCUGACCAGAUUAUGGCAUCGAUUGACAACAGAUCAGAUGGACGAAAUCGAGGAUUCACAACUGACCAGAUGACAGAAUCAUUCACCGACAACAUAUCCCUGAAUCACGAGUGUCAGGUGGAUGGAAUUAUGAUCGUUACGGAGGAAUGAUGUGAAUACGGGGAAGUGUUCGUGAAAAUUCGACAGGAAACCUACAUAAUGUGUCAUGAAUGUACCAUAAAUUAGAAAUAUUGCCAUCGAUGAUUGUCAAGACACAAGUAUGAUGAAUGCAUCACCAAACCGAUUCAUGAGUCAUGGGAGGUGGUUAAACGAUCCACUGUGUUGUAUUAUCCGUCAAUAUUGUCUUUGUGUACAGUGGGUUGCAGUUACAGGCAACAUGAACUGACACUUGGUAAUGUCCUCCUGUGGUGAGUCUGGUGACCAGUGUAUAGUAGCUACUAUUCUCGCCGACAAACAGAAGUGUGGUUGGUCUGAUCCAAGACAAAUGUGGCUGGCUACGACUUAUUUGGUGUCUUCACGGACUCUUGGCACAGACUCCCCACCGUA